AUGUUGCACGACGUGCAAGGCAUCUUAGGAAUUGGCAUUGACGGUUCACUCCCUGUUGAACCGUCUGAUUGUGAGUGGCAGCAUAGCCUGGGCGGUCUAUUUGGGGAGCCAUUUUCGGAGCUGCGUGCGAAGGGGCACUUCACCAGCGGCAGCAUUAACGUUGGUGCACUGUUGCAGCUAUGCCACCGUUCUCAGUCCAUGGAGACUCAGACUACUGCAUACUACAUGGCUAUAGUGGGUUCCACGCUGCUCGUGGAUAAGACUAGAGUCGGGAUGCGGCUUCACCCUGUUGUUGCUGUCACUGCUGAUCAGCAUGACAUUUCUUGGGGUGCAUUGACGCUUGCUCACAUGUAUCGCCAACUAGGUAUGACAUGGAUAUACGAGUACUUCCCAGCCUUCCGCACCCAUCCGCGUCAAGCUGACAUGCCAAACAAGACUAGGGCAGAGAUGUGGUCGGCUGGUCGCCGCAGAAGCCAAUCCGUGGAGUGGACGUCGUACAUGAAUUAUGAUAGGCAUUUAUUGAACGAGCACCCACGUACCGCCUUUAUAGGUGGUAUCACCUGUUUUGGUAUCGUGGAGGUCUACUUGCCUGAGAGGACAAUCAGACAGUUCGGCUGUGCACAGGCCAUUCCCCCCCUCCGCUGA